GUGAAUACUGAUCCAUCAUCCAGGAAUAGGCAAAAUUACCAUUCUCCAAGCAAUGAAGUUGAGUUACCGCUUACAAUCAUGAUCGGAAGCCUCCUCUCCAUGACCAGAUUCCGGGCUGACUCGAGUAUGAACCAUCAUGGUGAUAGAGGUUCGUGCAGAGGAUGGAAACGAGGGUGAGGGCGAAGCUACAGAACCAUUACAGACACUACGAUCACACGUUACAAGCAUCGAGCUACUGCCCCCAAGAUUUGGGAACAUACCCCCUCGAUUUCUCACCAUGGCCGACUACGACUUGCCUCUCGACCAUGACAAAGAUGACUGCUCCGACGAUCUGGACCCAAUGGUUCCAGAAGAGGCUGCCAUCGACAUGUGGACUGACAUUCAACAGUUAUGCCAGACGCACACCAAUUCUUUGGAUCCAUCGACUAGCCUCCCUGCGGCGCUGAGGCAAGCACGGAACGGUGACUGCACUCUCCUGCACAUUCUCAAGAAGCUCCCGAUGUCUGGGCCAUGGACUGCGAUCAGAGGUGAGUCAGUCACAGCGCAAUUUAGCACUAAUCAACCAAGGCAAUCGUUUGUGCUCUUCGCCGACUUCCCUCAGAUGCUCCUCACUCUUUCAACCCGUCGAGUAGCCGAACAGCCACUUAGAGUCAGUCGAAAGGGCAUAACGACCGACAUUGUUCUUGAGCUUAUGGUCCUCGUGCAGUACCGAGCGACGACUGCUCUCUCAUACUCUACACCUGAUGCAGGUCGAACACCUGCCCGAGGCACUGCAAGAAAGUCAAAGGGAUGCUUAGCGAUCGACACUGGUUUCAUCCAGAAUGUCCAUGUAGCAGCCAAAAUGAGGGCGAUCGUCAAAGACACGGCUUCCUCGACCUCUCGCCGCCUUAGGUCCCGACUUCACGAUAACCUCAGAGAAGUCAGAUAUCCCUCCCCCAACCCGCUUGAACCGCCUGCCCUAGAUAUUGAAGAGAAGUCGAAAGAAGAAGUCAUCUACACUCUUUACUUUGACGCCUCACAGAAGCGGUUCUCCCUCACCAUUGCACCCAAAUCCUGA